GAUCAGCUGGUUGUUUAGUUUACUGCUUCACUUAGCUAAGUGUUAGAGCCUCGCUAGCCAAUGGGAAAGUGUUUUUUUCUUUCUCUUGGCCCUUUUAGUUGUGAACGGACUCACCUCAAAUUUAUCUGACAACGGAACAGCUAAUGUUAGCUGAGAGGGGGGCGAGGGGGACGUGUUUAUUUCGCUAGCUAGAGAGGGUGACAGCUCGGAGCAUCCUGCUAGCCGAGGAGCUAAAGUAGCUAGCAAAACAUUCUGGGAAGAAGAAGAAGGUGAGAUGUGUGAAGAGACCCGUGUCAUCAUCAACCAUGGCAGGUGGAAUAACAGAGUCCGGAGAACCCUACUCCCCGUUUGUGGGGCUGGUGUACAUGUUCAACCUGAUCGUGGGCACAGGUGCUCUGACCAUGCCCAAAGCUUUUGCUUCAGCCGGCUGGGUGGUCAGUAUAGCGCUCAUCACCUUCUUAGGAUGCAUGAGCUACAUGACCACCACGUUUGUGAUCGAGGCGAUGGCGGCGGCGAACGCUCAGCUGCGCUGGAAGAGGAGAGAGCAGGAGGAGGUCGAUGACAGCGACUCCACAUCGGAGUACUCGGAUGAUGAUGUCAUGGGCCGAGGUCGAUCGGAGCCGGAGACCAAGCCUAUCUUGUCUAUCCGUAAGUAUCAGCGAUCCGGAGGUCACGUCAAUCAUUUCGACAUCGUGGAGCGGGUGGAGAUGGGUCAGAUGGCCUCCAUGUUCUUCAAUAAAGUUGGAGUGAAUAUGUUCUACAUCUGCAUCAUUGUCUACCUGUACGGAGACAUGGCCAUCUAUGCAGCAGCCGUGCCCAUCUCUCUAAUGGAAGUCGCUUGUGGAAACCACUCCUGCAGCGCUGGAAGUGUGAAGUACAACGACACAGACCCGUGCUGGGGUUCAGUCACAAGGAAGGAUGCGUACCGGGUGUUUCUGAGCAUCUUCACCGUCAUGUUGGGGCCUUUCACCUUCUUCACCGCCCAGAAAACAAAGUAUCUUCAGAUUCUCACCUCACUCAUGCGUUGGAUUGCGUUCACCAUGAUGAUCGUCUUGGCUCUAAUCCGUAUUGGUAAAGGCGCCGGUGAGGGUCACCCACCGGCUGCCAGCCUCGCCGGGGUGCCCAACCUGUUUGGGGUGUGUGUCUACUCCUUCAUGUGUCAGCACUCCCUGCCCUCCCUGGUGACGCCGAUCUCCAACAAGAAGCAUGUUGGCAAACUGGUGUUGUUAGACUACGUCCUGAUCCUGGGCUUCUACGUGCUCCUAUCCUUCACCGCCAUCUUCUGCUUCGACAGCUCGUUGCUACACGACAUGUACACCCUUAAUUUCACGGACAACUGCCACGUGUUGAAUAUUCCGUUCUUGUGUUACUUCCUGGGCCUUUUCCCCGUCUUCACCAUCAGCACCAACUUUCCAAUCAUCGCCGUCACACUCCGCAACAACUGGAAGACCCUGUUCUAUCGUGAUGGUGGCACCUACCCCUGGGUGGUCGACCGUGUUGUGUUCCCCCUAAUUACCCUGGUGCCCCCGAUUGUGGUGGCCUUCUGCACCCACAACCUGGAGUCCCUGGUGGGCAUUACAGGAGCGUAUGCUGGCACUGGGAUCCAGUACAUCAUCCCAGCGAGCCUCGUGUUUUACGCUCGACGCCACCUGGAGCCCGUCGUGGGAAGAGAUGCUGUUAACAAACACCGGUCUCCGUUCCGCCACAGUUUUUGGGUGUGGUUUGUUUGGUUGUGGGCCGCCUUCUGCCUCAUGUUUGUCACGGCCAACAUCAUCCUGACGGACACCAAGAAAUGAGAACUCACUGAUCCUCAAACUUUCUAAGAAAAUCCGAAUCUGUUUGGCCAGUUUCCUUGUUCCUGUACACGAGGCCUUACUUGCUGCUGGUUGGACAGUGCCUUCUUAUGGGACUUAUGUUGCAUAUAUUAAAUGUAAUUAAGAGUAAUUUAUCAAAUUUUGUUAAAAGGGACCAAAUUACGUGUUUUUGUUCCAUCAAAAUAGCCGGCACAGUGCAUGAAAAAAAAAAGUAAAAGGGAAUAGAAACGGGUGAUUUAUUAAAACGAUCAACAGUCUAAGGUUUGGCGGAUUUGCACUUACACAACUAUUUAGAAAUAUAUCUCAACGUUCAGUUUGCGUCAAACAAGGAAGUUUUUAAAAAGUGUUGACCUAGCUUUUUAGUCAAAUUGUUAGUUUCAGAAAGUUUGAACACACAUCCAACCCUGACUUGACAAAGUUCACCGCCGGGUGUCGGAUGCUGUGGAACAAUCCAACAAACUGUCUGGUUGAAGCAGACUGACUCGUUAAGGGUUCUGCUGGUUAUCGACCCUGUAGUUCUCCGUUUAGGUAUUUGUCAUCAAAAUCCCAAACUCUGGAAAUGGUAGGGUGCAUGAUCUGUAUGUAAGCAUUGGACGAAGCCAUCAUGAUGUCAUCCACUGGUUUUCCAGAAAUGCUUUGAAGCCAUAAGAUGGACAUUUUUACGCCACCAUUUUGGCUCCACAUAAUGGUGGAGCUGCAGGGGAGCAAUUGGUUACCAUAUGCGACAUUGUUAGCCUAAGCUAGCUUUACCUGGGUUAGAAACAUUUUCCAAAGUGUAUAUAGUGCGUCCACUUUUUAUAUACAGUCCGAGGUUUGUAGCUACUGGCACUUUACGAGUUCUGUGAGUUGUCCGAUGUGUAAUUCUAUAUUUCAGUGUUUCUUCUUUAAAUCUAAAGCUCUGGAAAAGGGCAGGGUGUUAAAACUCUGAGAUAUCCAUUGGACCUUCAGGGCAAAACGUUGAAGUGAAAAGAAAUACAACCAACUGGGAGAGCCGAGUAGAAAGGAGAAUUAGAGCCUGUCACGUUCGGGCUUGAGCUCUGUUGCGGAAAUUGCUUUGCGUCUGCACCGCUGAAUAAUGCAAUUGGACGAAACCAACGGAUGAAAGAAAAAGGAAAGAAUCAGGGAUGAUCCCUCUCUCCUGGCUGAUGUGUAUCCAUACGUCAGCAGUGUCUGCUGCCCCUCGUCCCCUUGUGAACGAUGAAGCUCUGAAGUGACAGAUCCUCUGACAGAUAGGCCUCCAGGAAGAGCUCCAUCUCUGUUCAUCACCCCAACAUAUCACAUCUUUAGUUCACUCUCAGGGCAUGUCUCCGUCUUUUACUGCUCAGCACACGUUCAUGACUCUGUCAGCCUCAUGCUGUAUGUAUCACGCAGUGCAACACCUGACCUGACAGGAUAAUAGUGAUCUACAGGGCUUCUGCUCUGGAUCUGCACCGGCAUCAGUGUAUGGAAGUUGAAUGGUAGUGAACGUAAUGUGACCACAGAGUUUCAUAAACGUACACAUCUGUACUGUAGCUUAGUAAUGUUGAUUUCACGGACAGGUGGCAGCUUUCUUUCAGAGUUGUGCCUCUGGUUAACGGACUUCACACCUUUCAUCUUUCUUAUUCUGUAUUUGUGUUUUACAAAAUGCAUUGCCAACAAAGAAAUACUCCUUAAAUGUUCGGCCCACCCUAAGCACAAAGACACAUGACUGGUUAACGGUGGUUUGUUUGUGUCACUGACAGCAGGCUGGAGUCGUUAGGACUAUUUUACAGAAGAAAGUAAAAGUUCUGGAAUCUGUUAAAUAUGCUGUUUAUGGGCUAUUCAGACCAGCAAUGGCAUUGUCUGUGGAAAGAAAUGUUGCUGCUGGAAAGCUCCACACCAAAUUCUUAGGAAAUAUCCGAUGUGUUAGGUUGGAGGCAGAAAUCUCCCAAACCUGGACAAGUUCAACCAAAUGUAGUUGGGGUAAAAAAGAUCCUUAGGGCUCUGAUGGUCUCGCAAAAACAAACUUGUGGCGUUGAGAAGUUUAGGAGACCUGAUGUGGAUGAGUCAAUGACUCGCUGUAUGGUCAAUUUAAAAAAACAACUACUAUGUACUGUAGCUUUAACAUUCAGCAAACAGUUGAACCAAAUUCAGUGUCUAAUUUGAGCUUCCUGUUCUUUCUCUCUCUGAAAAAUUGUAGAAAAAAUAUAUAUUAUUUUCCAUAAAACCUGAAAUUCUCACCAUAAAGUGGAAUAACUACAGUAUAGACUCAAAUGCAUAUAUUGUAAAAAAAAAAAAUGUGUACAAAGUAGAGGAAAUUAGCAAUCCAUAUCCACGUUGUCUAUUGUGUAAGUUGGGACAUCAACAUGGGAGUUAAACCGACUUUAAAAAAACUGUUUAAAGUGUGUAUGAAUAACGAUUUAAAAAUCUUUAUUUUUAUGUAAUGUGUGCAAUAAUAACACAAUCAACUGUGUAGAUAUAGAGAAUAACCGACUUGUUGGUCUAUCAAUGCUGUUACCACGAGUCAGAGCUUUAGGGCACACUCACUCUGGUUAAAUGGACUCCACUGGUCCCAUAUUUGUAUUUAAAUGCUACUACAGUUUGGGUCAAUUAACAUGCAUGGCCAUCAUCAGGGUGAGGAGCAGUUCAGUGGGUUGCGGGGCCGUUUCGAGAGGCUGUGCAGCGUUUUUCAUCAACUGCUGGAAUGAAUACCGUUUAGAUGGAAAGGUAAUGUGCUGUGACUCCAGUGUUUUAAAGGCCACAGCGACUGUAUGCAUCAUGGCAUCAUUGUAGUCAUUGCUGGAGUGCUGUCAAGGCUGUAGAAGCUGUUAAAAGCUUUGUGAUAUUGUCUGCUUUGUUCUGCCUGUCCUCAUCAGACUGUAAUGAGUCUUUUUUUUUUUUUGUUACGAGACCAGAGAUGGACUUUGCUCGUCCUCCUUGGUCGAAUUCAUCAGUUAAUUCAGUUUUUACAGAAAACUGCAGGUCAUCGGGUCAUAUCAUAACAGCUUUCGGCCUAUAGUUGUUUGCUUUUGUCUAACUGGGAGGGUACUGGAACAUGGACUGUGAAUAGUAGUUGAAUGUGGCCCAUAGUGAUGUCACCUAUCUCUUUGUUGAUUACCAAUUUAAAGCCUCCAUCUUGGCUUUGUGGCCCUCCCAAUCUUGUUAAUUUUUGGUUCCAGAUUGGACAUGACAGGAGCUAGCUAAACCAGAUUAGCAAAGUUACAACAUCCAUGUCCAAGAAUUUAGCAGUUUAUGCCAGUUUAUUCAAAAGAAGAGAUCCAGUCGGUGGUUGUGGCUAACAGGCAGUUUGAUAUAAUUGGACGACCUUAAAGGGCGAGUAGGACGCAGCAAAUGAAUGAACCCAGUUACAUCAAAGAACCUAGUUUCAUAAUUUCUUCUCAUCUUUUUCUCUUUAUGGAAAAAGUGGACAACAAUCCUGUCUUUGAUGCACAGUUGAUGUAAUUACAUCAACUGUGUUAUUAGCAUUCUAGGUAUUCACUUAUCUCAGGCUCAAAACGCCGCUCAGAAACGGUAUGAUAUUUGCAUUAAAAAUUAUUCAAAAGUAGCAUUUUAACAUGGGACUCUAUGGGGAUUGACUCGCUUUUGAGCCAGCCUCUUGUGGCCGUAUAAGGAACUGCAGCUUUUUUUUUUUUUUUUUUUGCAUUUCUGCGUUGGCUUUAUUUCUCAGCUCUGGAAUUUGCUGCGUGAUGUCAAUGUGAAAUCUGCAGCAGUUUGUUUUUUUGCAUACAGAAACAUAAACAUUCAUUAUUAUUAUGUGUAAUGAAGAUGUUUACAUUCCCACUUCUGUGCCGUCUGGUAUUAAUUCUCACAUUUUCUGAUGUUUCCACCUGACGGGGAACAUUGGAACGAAAAGUACAAACACUUCAACCCUGAUAGAUAUCUCUGAUGUUGUAUGAGGAUAAAGGUGUGAUUGUGUGUGUGUGUGUGUGUGUGUGUGUGUGAGUGGAUGAUAAGAUGUUAAAUGUGCUGAAUGUGAUUCUGAUGACUCUUGGAGUUUUGAAAUGUGCCUUUAUUAUUGUGCGGGAGGUUUUCCUGCGCUGACCUCGUCGACUCUUAUCAACUGUUUUUCUUUUGCCAGACUUCAUCUGCAUGUAAGCCAAUUUAUUGAACUGACAAUCUGUGUGUGUGCAUCCCAAAUACCUUAUCAUCUUUCAUUCUGUCGUUUAUCUUCUGUUGUCCUUACGUUCACUGUUUUUCUGUCAUUUCACAAAUUUUGUUUACAUUCAUUCUGCCAGCUUGUGAUUCUCAAUCGUUUUCUGGAUGUUAACUGCUUUAAUUGAUGUUCUGUUUGAUUUUUAAUGAAUUACAAAGAAAAAAAUAAAAGCUUUAUGUUCAUCUGA